UCUUCUUCCUCUUCUUCCUCUUCUUCCUCUUCUUCUUCUUUCCUUUUCCUCUUCCUCUACUACUAUUACUAUUACUAUUUUACAUGUAUAUAUAAAUAUUAUAUAUAUUAUUCUUAAUAUUAUCUAUUAUCUAUUAUCCAUUAUCUCUAUAUAUUUUUUCUACUCUUAUUCUUAUUAUCAGUUCCCCCUUUUUUCUCUUAUUCUUAUUCUUCUUUAUGACUGCUUCUACUUCCUCAGAAGGGUUGAGUAACCAACCUGUCCGCCCAUCGUCCGUCACACUCGUUAUGCAAUCCGAUUCUGCCGAUUCUCAACCCCGCUCUUCUUCUCGUCGAAGCUCAACCCACGAUACUAUCCUUGGAAAGCCUCGAGACAGGACAACCUUUAAAGGAGUUAUGACUAAAAUGGUCGAUGGUUUAAACGAUCUCCUAUCGUCUCACACUGCAAACAAGACCAUGGCAAUUGGAACACCCUACAAUACCAAACAUGUAACUCAUGUUGGAUAUGAUGCCUCUUCCGGAGAAUUUACCGGGCUACCCAUCGAAUGGCAGACUCUUUUACAGCAGAGUGGAAUAACUCGUAUGGAACAAGAAAAGAAUCCACAAGCAGUCAUUGAUGCCAUUGAGUUUUAUCAGGGCACUCGGUCUCAAAGCGAGGAUGUGUGGCAUAAGAUCCCAAAGGCAUCAUCGACCCCAAAACAAUCCAAUUCACAGAAUGGGAGUCUCAAAUAUUCCAACAGUGCAAAAACUACCAGCAGCAACCCCUUGAAACACCUCUCUAAGCUCAAACUGUCACAGAAUGGAAAGAAACCUAGCCAUACAAAGGCAGCCUCUAUAGCAACUGAUAAACAUGUGUACGAUUCUCGCUCCGAGCAAGUUAAGGAAGUUGUUCAAUCCGAAGACCCAAUUUCAGAAGUACUUCAUUCUCCAGAUCCAAGUACACCCCCGGCUGCUCAACGCAGACCAAGUGAGCGGCACAAUGCAAAGGACACUGAGGUCAUUGACAGACUCAUGGAAAUAUGUGCUUGUGUUGAUCCUUCUGCUCUCUACAGCAAUAUGGUCAAGAUUGGACAGGGAGCAUCUGGCGGUGUCUACACUGCUUACCGUGUAGGUGAUCCGAUUCCCGUAGCCAUCAAACAAAUGAACCUGGCCAAACAAGCCAAAAAGGAGCUUAUUAUCAAUGAGAUUAUUGUGAUGAAGGAGGCAAGACACCCCAAUAUUGUCAACUUUAUUGAUUCUUAUCUCUGGAAGGGAGAUCUCUGGGUGAUAAUGGACUACAUGGAGGGUGGAUCUCUGACAGACGUCGUUACGUGCAAUAUGAUGAUGGAAGGCCAGAUCGCAGCCGUGUGUCGCGAGGUACUACAAGGUCUACACCACCUUCACUCACACGGCGUUAUCCAUAGAGACAUCAAGAGUGAUAAUGUUCUCCUCAGUCUUGAAGGAAAUAUCAAACUUACCGAUUUUGGAUUCUGUGCACAGCUUCACGAUAAUGAAGCCAAACGAACAACCAUGGUUGGAACACCUUAUUGGAUGGCACCCGAGGUAGUGAAUCGUAAAGAAUACGACCACAAGGUGGAUAUCUGGUCAUUAGGUGUGAUGGCAAUCGAGAUGGUCGAAGGAGAACCGCCCUAUCUGAACGAAAAUCCCCUUCGAGCCCUUUACUUGAUCGCAACCAAUGGAACACCUCAAUUGCAGAGUCCAGACACAUUGAGUGAGAUCUUCCGGGACUUUUUAGCAAAGUGCCUGCGCGUCGACCCAGAACUGCGACCUUCCUCAGGGCAGCUGCUUCAACAUCCAUUUCUCUUGAAAGCAGAUCCUCUACCUUCACUUGCUCCUCUCAUAAAAGCCUCUAGAGAGAGUAUCGAUAAUGAAAAAUAGAACAUUCACAUCUUUCUAUAUAUAUCUUCUUUACAACUUAUCCAACCUUUUUUUUUCUUUUUACUUCUUGAACCUCAACAUUAACCUCAAUCAAUUAUACGCAUCACUUUAUACACCAUACACAUCUUUCUUUUUCUUUAUACACCAUACAUAACAUUUACAUUGUAUAAGUUCGUUUGAACAAAUAUACCUCCUUUUUAUAUCCUUCUUAUUUUUCUGCUCUUGUUUAUCUUUAUAUAAAGCAAAUUACCGAUUACAACCUU